AGGUGGGGCCUGGCCCAGGCUUGAAAGGCUGGUGGCCAGAACUUGGGGCGUUCGGUUCGGAUCCGGCGAUUGACGGCUAGGCACGGAGUGCUCUUCCCCUCCUGCCCUCAUCUCCAGACAGGCCCCUCGGCAUCAUGGUCGUUAAGAAGAUCGCGAUCUUCGGAGCCACCGGCAGGACUGGCCUCGCUACUCUGGCUCAGGCUGUGCAAGCAGGGUAUGAAGUGACAGUGUUGGUGAGGGAUGCCUCCAAGCUCCCCUCUGACGGUCCCCCGCCAGCGCAGGUGGUGGUGGGUGAUGUCCUCAAAGCGGCUGACGUGGACAGGACUGUGGCCGGGCAAGAUGCUGUCAUUAUAUUGCUGGGCACCGGCAGUGACCUGAGUCCCACCACCGUGAUGUCGGAGGGCACCCGGAACAUUGUGGCCGCCAUGAAGGCCCAUGGUGUGGACAAGGUCGUGGCCUGCACCUCGGCUUUCCUUCUGUGGGACCCAACUCAGAUCCCUGCCCGGCUUCAGGCAGUGACCGAUGACCACAUCCGGAUGCAUAAAUUGCUGCUGGAGUCGGGGUUGCAUUAUGUGGCUGUGAUGCCCCCACACAUUGCAGGGGACCAGCCACUGACAGGGGCCUACAACGUGACUGUGGAUGGACGGGGUCCUUUCAGAGUGAUCUCCAAACAUGACCUGGGACACCUCAUGCUUCGAUGCCUCACCACAACAGAAUAUGAUGGGCAUAGCAUCUACCCUUCCCAUCAGUAUACCUAGAAGAAAAUGUAGCCUCUGUGCCAUGUGCCCAGUCCCCACCUAUGGACCAUGGGUGAGAAGGAGCAGCUCUAGGCCCUGUCCUUGGGAAGCAGAGAAUGGGGCCUGGGCUAGCUGAGAGAGAAAGGGAGCAAAUAAUAAUAAAAGGUGGUGUAGCACCAAGUGCUGAUCCA